CUCCACCAACUAUUUAUGAGUAGGUAGUCCCAUGAAGUUAUGUAGAGAGAAAGAGUUGUUUAUCAAAACAAUCUCUGGAAGUGGAAUCCCAAUGGAUUCAACAAUAUCUUCUGCGAUAUCACUCUUAGCAUUAUCUAAAACCCUAACACCAUCAUCAUCCAAACCAGUAAUUUCAAAUCUUAAUCGUCUAUUUAAUCGAUCCCUAACCAAACGAUUUUGUUCUAAUACUAGUAAGAUUAAGUGUGGUGGUGAAAUUCAGAGAUUUAAUGAAUUGCUUUCUUUAUCAUCUUGUUCUGGAAAGUUGAUUCGGAGUUGUUAUAUUAGAAGAAGUUCUAGAUUAGCUUGUAUUUCUACUUCUGCUUCUUCAUUCUCCUCUUACAGCGGUGGUGGUGAUGGGAAUAUUGGUGCUGGUGGUAGUGGUGGUGAUGGGAAUGGUGGCGGUGGUGGAUCUAGUGAAGGUGAGAUUGGAGCGAAAUCGGUUGUUGCUGGAAUUGAAGAAAUUUCAUCCUUGUCUCCUGAAGUUAUCGUACUUGAUGUUGGUGGAAUGACUUGUGGAGGAUGUGCAGGCAAAGUCAAAAGAAUACUAGAAAAUCAACCACAGGUAGCUAGUUGCACUGUCAACCUUGCAACAGAGACAGCUAUUGUAUGGCCUGUACCUGAACUUAAGGAAACUGAGAACUGGCAACAACUGAUAGGAGAGACGCUUGCGAAGGACUUGACUAAUUGUGGAUUUAAUUCUAAUCUUCGAGAUUCUGCAAGAGAUAAUGUGUUCAAGAUAUUUGAGAGGAAGAUGGAUGAAAAGCGUGCUCGUCUGAAGCAAAGUGGUAGGGAGUUUGCUGUCUCUCUGGCUCUGUGUACAGUAUGUGUUGUUGGUCAUCUUUCCCAUUUCCUAGGAACUAAUGCUUCAUGGAUCCAUGCACUUCACUCAACUCGAUUUCAUCUGUCUUUAUCGUUAUUUACAUUGCUUGGUCCUGGUCGCCGACUCAUUUUUGAUGGUCUAAAAAGUCUGUUGAAGGGGGCUCCAAACAUGAAUACCUUAGUUGGUCUUGGGGCGUUAUCAUCCUUUGCUGUCAGUUCUAUAGCUGCGUUGAUACCAAAACUGGGCUGGAAAACUUUUUUCGAGGAACCAAUAAUGUUAAUAGCAGUUGUAUUGUUAGGGAGGAACCUUGAGCAGUGGGCAAAAUUGAAAUCUGCCAGUGACAUGACAGGACUUCUGAGUAUUUUACCAUCAAAAGCCCGUCUUAUGGUGAAUCCUGAUAUAGAAGAUGGGGGGUCAGUUGUUGAAGUAUCAUGCAAUGAUCUCUCUGUUGGAGACCGAAUCAUUGUACUGCCUGGAGACCGCAUACCAGCAGAUGGAAUUGUAAGAGCUGGUCGAAGCACAGUAGACGAAUCGAGUUUAACUGGGGAGCCGCUACCAGUAACAAAAUUACCUGGGGCUGAAGUUUCUGGAGGAAGUAUUAACCUAAAUGGUACUCUUACAGUUGAAGUAAGAAGACCUGGUGGUGAGACUGUCAUGGGUGACAUCAUUCGCAUGGUGGACGAAGCACAGGGCAAGGAAGCUCCUGUACAGCGUCUGGCUGAUAAGGUUGCUGGAAACUUCACAUAUGGAGUCAUGGCACUCUCAGCUGCUACAUUUAUGUUUUGGAACCUCUUCGGUGCUCAAAUUAUACCACCUACUAUUUACCAAGGAAGCUCAAUUUCACUGGCAUUGCAGCUGUCCUGCACUGUUCUGGUUAUAGCCUGUCCAUGUGCACUUGGCCUAGCGACACCUAUUGCUGUUCUGGUUGGAACUUCACUUGGAGCAACCAAAGGGUUGCUUUUGCGUGGUGGGAAUGUCUUGGAGAAGUUUGCAUUAGUUAACACUGUUGUAUUUGACAAGACCGGGACUUUGACAAUCGGAAGACCUGUAGUGACCAAAGUUGUUACUCAUGGACUUGUGGAAGACACAUUUUCAAUAUCAAGUGGUAACCACAAAUUGUCAGAAAUCGAGGUUCUUAGGUUGGCUGCAGGAGUUGAAUCAAAUACGAUACAUCCAGUCGGAAAAGCUAUUGUGGAAGCUGCUCGAGCUGCUGGUUGUCUGAAUGUAAAGGUGGCAGAUGGAACAUUUAGAGAGGAACCUGGGUCAGGUGCAAUUGCAACAGUCGAACAAAAAUUAGUGUCAGUCGGAACGCUGGAAUGGGUACAAAGGCAUGGAGUUAAUGAGAACCCCUUCCUAGAAGUGGAGGAGUUUAAGAACCAAUCAUCUGUAUAUGUAGGAGUUGAUGGUGUUUUAAUGGGUCUUAUAUAUUUUGAGGACAAACUCAGAGAAGAUGCACGUGAUGUGGUUGAAUCUCUGUCUAAGCAAGGGAUAAACAUAUUCAUGCUAUCAGGUGACAAAAAACAUGCGGCAGAAUAUGUGGCAUCCCUUGUAGGGAUUCCUAAAGAAAGGGUGUUAUCUGGAGUGAAACCAGAAGAUAAGAAGAAAUUCAUUAGCGAUCUCCGUAAAGAUCAGAAAAUUGUAGCGAUGGUUGGUGAUGGAAUUAAUGAUACUGCUGCCUUGGCGUUAUCAGACGUCGGAGUAGCCAUGGGUGGGGGUGUAGGAGCUGCCAGUGAUGUGUCUUCUGUUGUGUUAAUGGGAAACAGACUUACACAGCUGCUUGAUGCUAUGGAACUGAGCAGACUAACCAUGAAAACUGUGAAACAAAAUCUCUGGUGGGCAUUCGCUUAUAACAUUGUUGGGAUUCCAAUUGCCGCUGGGUUAUUGCUUCCCGUCACCGGAACGAUGCUGACUCCAUCAAUCGCUGCAGCUCUCAUGGCUUUCAGUUCCCUUGGAGUGGUGUCAAAUUCCCUUCUUUUAAGACCUAGAUUUGCCUCGAAACAGCACACGGUCUACAAACUUCCAAGCACCUCCAAGUCAGUGGACCCUCAGUCUGACAAAGAUAGCAAAUUUGAGCCCUCUUACACUGGCACCAAAUGAAAGACAGAAAUUUUGUUAUAUGUAUCUUCUGUUUUACAUGGUAUAAAUUGAAAUAUAAAAGAUAUGUUCAUAUUUUAGCUGUAAUGUUGUUUAGAUAAGCAGAGUAGAAGAGUUAGAAAGUUAGCCUCUGGAUCUUGUUUAUCCAUCUAGAGGUGAUUGAUUUUUCGUGGUGAGAACACUGCCUUGGUGUAAAUUAUUUUCAGUUCAUUGGGAAAUAAUCAAAAAAUAAAUUUCGGUAGACA